AUGGAAGGUUCUAUAAUAUCGAAAAAGAGGAAGUUCAGUUAUGGUGAGAUUGUACACAUUACAAAUGACUUUGAAACCGUGUUAGGGAGAGGGGGUUUUGGUUGUGUAUACUUGGGCCGAAUGGAGGAGGAUGAUGAUGUUGCACAAGUCGCUGUUAAGAUGUUGUCUGCAUCGUCGUCUCAAGGAUCUAGAGAAUUUCGUGCCGAGUAUCUAUAUUUUUCACAGGCUGAAAUCUUGUUGAGAGUUCACCACCGUAAUUUGGCCUCCUUUGUCGGCUAUUGCGACGAAAAUAACAAUAUGGCUCUUAUUUACGAAUACAUGGCCAAUGGAAAUCUCAAAGAUUUUCUUUCAGGUAUUUAUUUUGUGAAAACAUCCUACCACAACAACAAGGCAUCCAAUAAAUUGAAUUGGGAAAUGAGAAUUCGCAUUGCAAUAGAUGCUGCACAAGAAACAGGAUUAGAGUACUUGCAUCACGGUUGUAAGCCGCCCAUCAUUCAUAGAGAUGUGAAAUCAGCAAACAUUCUCUUAAGCGAUAACAUGGAUGCGAAAAUAGCGGAUUUCGGUCUCUCAAGGGUCAUCACACCAAGAGAGGAAUUAAUAACUCAUGUAUCGACAGUUGUUAUGGGCACACGAGGAUAUCUUGAUCCCGAGUACUAUAUAAUGCAGAACCUAACCGACAAGAGCGAUGUCUACAGUUUUGGUAUAGUUUUGUUAGAAUUGAUAACAGGAAAACACGCAAUCAUAACACAACAAAGCCCAGAAGAAAGCAUACACAUAGUAGAAUGGGUUAGACCGAUUCUCGAAAGAGCAUAUAUAAAUGGUUUGGUUGAUCAACGGUUGGGAGUUAAGUAUGAUGUCAACUCAGUUUUGAAAGCUUUGGAAUUAGCCAUGAUAUGUACAAGAUCAUCUUCCAUUCAGAGAGAAUCAAUGUCUUUUGUUUUAGCAGAGCUUAAGGAGUGUUUGUCAAUGGAGAUGAUUCCACGAAAUGGGUCGGAUUCAUCGAACCAAUCCCAUUCAACAAGGGUAAGAAAUACAUACUAUGAAUCCAGUAGUUCGGAUCAAGUAUUUUCUGGAAAUGUUGAUGCUAUAAGUGGUAUAUCAGCCAGAUAG